ACCGCAAACACACUGUUCAGGACGACACAAUGAACAGGUGUGUUUAACUCUUAGGUUAGAAUACAGGCAUAUUGUUUGGUUUUUUCUUUACCUUCUUCUUUUUAUUUUCUAUUUUGUCAUUAGAGGAGUUUUCCCACUUUGUAUUGGCAGCCGGAGGUUUGUUGUUUUCUCCUCAUCAUGUGGAGAUUAGCGGCUGCGCUCUUCCUGCUGUCGCUCCUAAAAGUGUCGGUGUGUGUUCAGGUGACUGUUUCUGAGCGGGACCGCAGCACAACCCUGUUUGCCUCAGUGACCCUCCGCUGUGACUUCUCCACCUCUGCAAACCUCCAAGAUGUUCUGGUCACCUGGAGGUUCAAGUCCUUCUGCAAGGACCCCGUGCUGGAGUACUACUCCACAGCGUACCAGUCUGCCCUGCAGUUGGGACAGGACCCAGCGAAUGACUGUCCAGACCGCCAGCGGAAUGUGCGCACAGUGAUCCAGAAGAGAGGAAGCAACGAGCCGAUGCUGGGACCCGAAUACCGUGAACGCAGGAUCACCAUCCAAAAUAAGGCAGACCUGGUGAUCACGGAGGUGAUGUGGUGGGACAACGGGGUCUACUUCUGCUCUGUCGAUGCUGCUGGAGACAUCUCCGGAGACUCUGAUAAAGAAGUCAAACUCAUCGUUUACCACUGGUUAACAGUGUUGUUCAUCAUCAUCGGAGCCCUCCUCCUGAUCCUCCUCCUCUGCAUCUGCUGCUGCCAGUGCUGCCCGCAGAAAUGCUGCUGCUAUGUUCGCUGUCCCUGCUGCCCAGAGCAGUGCUGCUGUCCUGAAAAAGCGGUGAUGCAGCAUCGUAUGAUAAAGGACGCUCAGAGGGCCAUGGCUCCGUGGAUGGGAGGACAGCAGGUAUAUGGACCAAUGAGCCACGCCUCCCAGAUGAACCCGCUGCUCUACUCAGGAUCUGCUUCAGGGAAGAGCUUCCCGAUGAAUCCCAUGCCGCUCCCUCCACCUCAUUCUUCAGCUUACAGCCAGCCCCCUCCCAGCGUUCAUGGCUCCCACGCCCCUUCCACCAACAAUCACAUGCUUGAUUACCUGGAGAGCCAGGUGAGGGGGAUGGACAUGGCCAGUCCAAUGCUACAGUCCCAGCCUCCUCCUCCCCACCACAUGCAGCAGAUGCCGCCGCCUCCACCCCACCACAUGCAGCAAAUGUCGCCUCCACCCCACCACAUGCAGCAGAUGCCACCUCCGGGGCAGCACAUGCCCAUCAACGUCCCAUAUUCCGCCGGCCCUCCUAGCAUGAUCUCUGCUCUCGACGAUGGCCUAACAGAGCGUCGCAUCAUCACACUUCCGCCAAUAAGAGAUCAGCCGAUGGGUAGAAUCCCACCCCCUGCGCCCAGGACUCGGCCCCCGAGCUCCAGCGAGAGCAGCCGCAGCGGCUUCGGCCGUCGUGACGAGCGAGGACCAGCGGGCAGGCGUUACCCCUCACCGGCCCGGUCUAGAGGUAUUUCCAGGAGCUACAGCGAGGAGUCACUGGACGGGCGGGGUCGCAGCGGGCCAAGAGGAGGCAUGGACCGCCCCCGUUCCCGCUCUAGGGAUGACCUGUUUGACAACAGGUCCAGAGGAAACUAUUCUCCCCCGGCAUCACGGCGCUCCAAAGGGUCCUGGAGCUCAGAUGAUGAGGGCAGCAGCAGGAGAGGAGGAGGAGGAGGGAGGAGAGGAGGUGGAGGUGGAGGCGGGGUUGACAAUCCUCCCAGCUACAGCGAGUACGAACCCGGAAUGAAACCAGGAGCACGGAGGAAUGACCGCAACACUGACAAGAGUUCUCGCAGUGGCGCCAGCGUCGUCAUCUGAAGGCGCCGUGCUGUGAAACGCCCUGCGACCUCUGUUUCAGAGAACAUGCACACCUCACUAGAACUGUGAGCCUUGUAUUCUGGCUACUGGUAAACUUUUAAAUGCCAACAUUUGUUAUGUAUUAAAAUUAAUCAUGAAUCAACUCCUUUUAUCACCUUUUUGAUAAUAAUAAUCAAAAGUAAAAGUAAAGCAAAUGUUUGAUGUCAAUACGGAAACCUACUUGAUAUCCUAUAAAUGUUUUUUUUUAGAUAUUGAUGUAAGAAAACUGCACCAGUCUUCUACUGAGGAGAUUAUUGGGAUAAUACCUCCCUCUGCUGGUUCAUCAGUGUAAUGAACAUUACAGGAGAUUUGGACUAAAAGUCUCCUGUUAAAUCAUUUUAAUAUGUGGCUUUAAUGGAUAUUUCUCCUCCUAAAUCUCGAUUUGUUUGGCAGAAACACAGUUGGUUCUUAUAUUUGAUAAAGCCAUAAAACAUGAAUUGCAGCGGAAAUAAGCGGAAAUGAAGCUCAGGGCCAGUAAACAAAUUAUAAUUGUGACAUUAGAACUAUUUAAACCCACAUACAAUAUGAAUAGAUUCUUGUGAAUGUUGAAAUUAGUUUUUAGCUUUUUAUAAUUUUUGUAAAUAGUUAUUUUUCAUAUCUCCUGAAUGUCUUGAAGUGACUAUCGUUAAUGUUUUACUAAUGUUUUGAAGGUGUGUGCCAUAAGCUUCUGUUCAGAUAAUGAUUAAGUGAUUUUUAAACCUUUUGUACAUAAGAUAAAAUGAAAUAUUUACAUAUGCUUAUAAAUAACUGUAAACACUGCGUGUAAAUAAGUAAUUUACAUGGUGUUGACAUAGAAAAUGAAGUAAUGUGACUUUUUAAAUUACUGUUGUUAGCACAAUAGGAAAAUAUAACACUUUUUUUCAGUGUACAGUUCUGGAAACGUACCUAGUUUCCUUUCUCCACUUCUUGCAUAUAUUGUGGUAUAUUUCAGAAAUACACAUUGAACUAUUAUCACUUAAACAUGGAAUUAAAGCUGUUGACUCUUUCA